GCCGGACCCGCCCCACCGCCCAGUUGGGGCUCCUCCAAUAAGAGCGGGGACUGAGGAGCGUCCGGACAUGGCCGAAAGCAGCGGGGAGAGGGGAGCCGAGCAGUACCGGGACUCGGUCCGUAACUAGCAGCUCCGGCGAUUUUGAUUAGUGCGAUUAAUAAAAGAUAAGCUGCCGGGGAAAGGAGACGCCGCGGCGAGGAGAGGGAGUCAACCGGGUGCUUGGACGCGUACCUGGCGGGGCACCUCGGACAGCGGCGGAUUACCCCCCCCUAUCACCUUCUCAGGCUGCGUUGAAUGCGGCUCAGCCGGACGGGGACUAGAUUACGGGGAAAAGCACCAUAACGCCGGCGGGGGACAGCGGCUGCUCGGCCGUGAAGAGGACGUGGUGUCCGUGCGGAGGAGCCCGGCCGGACGCACGCGGACAGUCCGACGCCGUUCUUUCCGUGGGGAUACCGGCCUUUUUGGAACCGCAUUCAGCGCGUCUUCGCCAAAAGGAGCCCGGAAGGCGGCAGUUAUUCCGAAUCUCUAGCCGCCGCCGAGCGGACAUGUAAACUCCCGGGGUGGCAUCUACAUCGCCUGCAUGGAUCACGCCGAACCGGACCCGGAGGCGGCAGAGCCGCCGGUCCAUGGCGUCCACGGACCGAACCGGAUCCGGCCGUCGUCGUACCGGGCGCUGCGAAGCGCCGUGUCCAGUCUGGCCCGGAUAGACGACUUCUUCUGUGAGAAGAUCGGUUCGGGCUUUUUUUCUGAGGUUUUCAAGGUGCAGCACCGCAUCACAGGGCAGGUCAUGGCGCUGAAGAUGAACACGCUGGCCAGUAACCGAGCCAACAUGCUGCGCGAGGUGCAGCUCAUGAACCGGCUGUCACACCCCAACAUACUCCGGUUUGUCGGGGUCUGCGUUCACGAGGGCCAGCUCCACGCCCUGACGGAGUACAUCAAUGGGGGUAACCUGGAGCAGCUGCUGGACAGUGAAGAGUACCUGUCCUGGGCUGUGAGGAUGGACCUGUCCUUGGAUAUUGCGCGAGGGCUGCAGUACCUGCACAGCAAGGGCAUCUUCCACAGGGACCUCACUUCCAAGAACUGUCUGGUGAGACGCGAGAAUGGGCUCUACAGCGUAGUCGUCGGCGACUUCGGCCUGGCAGAGAAAAUCCCCGAAUACAGCGACGGCAUGGAGAAGCAGCCCCUGGCCGUGGUGGGCUCCCCCUACUGGAUGGCCCCCGAAGUGCUGCGAGGGGAACUCUACGAUGAGAAGGUGGACGUCUUUGCAUUCGGCAUCAUCCUGUGUGAGAUCAUCGCCCGGAUACAGGCCGACCCAGACUACCUGCCCCGCACCGUGGACUUUGGGCUGGAUGGGGAGGCCUUCCGGAACAUGGUGGGGGACUGUCCCCCCUCCUUCCUGGACCUGGCCUUCUCCUGCUGCAACAUGUGUGCUGCCCAGCGGCCCCCCUUCAUCAAGCUGGUGGUUCAGCUGGAGAUCCUGCUUGUGGAGAAGGAGGAGCCUGUGACUCAGGCCCUUGCCAGCUGCCCCCGGCGACGGCGGUCCUUCUGUGCCCCGGGCGAUCAGGGGCUGUCCCGCAGCCAGUCGGAAAUGCUGUCCCCUGCCACGCCGCCCACCUUGGGCACGCCCGCUCGGGUCAACCCUUUCUCCCUGCGCCAGGACCUGAACGGGGGCAAGAUCAAGCUUUUCGACACACCCAGCAAAUCUGUCAUCUCCCUGACCUUCACCCUGCCGCCGCCUCCAGAGCCCUGCGGCAGCCCCACCGAGGCGGAGCCCCCGCGGGGUUUACACCGGCGGUGCCAGUCGCUGCCCUGCACUCCCGACCUGAGGGGCGCCCCGAUGCUGGCUGCCAACCUCAGUCACGAUGCUCGGCCAGAGGGCAUGGCGAUGCUGCAGGACACGGACAGUGAGGAGGAGGAAGAUGAGGCUCAGGAGAGGAAGGGCGAGACUGGCAAGGGUUUGGAUCGUACUGUGGAUGACUCGGGCCUCCCCCUGGACCUAGACAUGUCCUCCUUGGACCGGCUGGAGGAGGAGGGGGAAUUGGAGAACUUGUGUCUUGUGGAGCCGAUGGACUGUACCAGCUCCCCCGACGGCCCAGUCCCCAUCGCGGGGAAGCCCUCGCUCACCAACACCCCGGUGAUGAAUGGCUGGGACCCGCCCAUCUCCAACAGCCCUUCGUCACUGUCUCCCCUUCCCCACCUGGAGAACAACAACAGCACCGUGGUGAUGAGCCGACCCCUGGGCUAUGGCGGCAACGGGUACCACAGUCCGCCCGGGGGCGCGGCGCCCUUCCCGCUGCCCAGCUCUGGGGGAAGCGGCCUGGAGCAGGACGAGGUCAUUUCCUGUCCUGGCUGCUGCCUGGCAGGGCUGAGCUUCUCCUCAGUGUGUCUGCGCACUCCCCCACGAGCCCGGAACCCCCACCAUCCCUACAAGAACUUGAACGGCGACGCAGCGCGGGGGCUGCUCGGCCACAGCGCCAAAAGCCUGGCCUCCUCCACAGGGUCUUCGGAGCCGGGGUUGGCCCUCCCGGGUGCUCAGACUUAGAUCGCCCCCUACUGGAUGGCCUGUGGAAGUAGCUUUCACACCACCUGUUAAAAAAAAAAAAAAAAAAAAAAAAAAUGUGCACCUUUUUA